AAUAUAUACGCGACCCUAGUUCUAACUUUUCCCUAAGCCGCUCUUGUCACUUGAGAAAUUAGACGAGAGAGUUAAUACGGCCCCAUACACCCUCCCGUCGAUCGCCCGUGCAUCAGGUGUCCGAACAUAUAGCUGUUGAAGGAUAUUACUAUAAAGAGUAGGCAAGAUGGUGAAGUUCACAGCAGAGGAGCUUCGCCGCAUCAUGGACAUGAAGCAUAACAUCCGUAAUAUGUCUGUUAUUGCUCAUGUCGAUCAUGGCAAAUCAACUCUAACUGAUUCCCUAGUCGCUGCUGCUGGAAUCAUCGCCCAGGAGGUUGCUGGUGAUGUGCGUAUGACUGACACCAGGGCUGAUGAAGCAGAACGUGGUAUCACAAUUAAGUCCACCGGUAUCUCUCUCUACUAUGAGAUGAGUGAAAAAUCCCUCAAGCAGUACAAGGGACAGAGAGAUGGCAACGAGUACCUCAUCAAUCUUAUUGACUCUCCUGGCCACGUUGACUUCUCAUCUGAGGUCACUGCUGCUCUCCGCAUCACUGAUGGUGCUCUAGUUGUGGUUGAUUGUGUUGAGGGAGUCUGUGUCCAGACUGAGACAGUCCUACGUCAGGCUCUUGGUGAGAGGAUUCGUCCUGUGCUGACUGUCAACAAGAUGGACAGGUGUUUCCUUGAACUCCAGGUGGAUGGAGAGGAGGCCUAUCAGACGUUCCAGAGGGUGAUUGAAAAUGCUAAUGUCAUCAUGGCCACAUACGAAGAUCCCCUUCUUGGAGAUGUCCAGGUUUAUCCUGAGAAAGGUACUGUUGCUUUCUCUGCUGGGCUUCAUGGGUGGGCUUUUACCCUCACCAAUUUUGCCAAGAUGUAUGCUUCCAAGUUUGGAGUUGAUGAGUCUAAGAUGAUGGAGAGACUGUGGGGUGAGAACUUCUUUGACCCAGCAACAAAGAAGUGGACCACCAAGAACACUGGUUCUGCCACGUGCAAGCGUGGGUUUGUUCAAUUCUGUUACGAGCCCAUCAAGCAAGUGAUCAACACUUGCAUGAACGAUCAGAAAGACAAGCUGUGGCCUAUGUUGUCAAAGCUGGGAAUUCAGAUGAAGUCCGAUGAGAAGGAAUUGAUGGGAAAGCCCCUGAUGAAGCGUGUCAUGCAGACUUGGCUUCCGGCAGCUGAUGCUCUAUUGGAAAUGAUGAUCUUUCACCUUCCAUCUCCUGCAACUGCUCAGAGGUAUCGUGUUGAGAAUUUAUAUGAAGGCCCACUCGAUGAUCAGUAUGCUACUGCCAUUAGAAACUGUGACCCUGAAGGACCUCUUAUGCUUUAUGUCUCCAAAAUGAUUCCAGCAUCUGACAAAGGUCGAUUCUUUGCUUUUGGUCGUGUGUUUGCUGGGAAGGUGUCUACUGGUGUUAAGGUAAGGAUUAUGGGGCCCAACUAUGUCCCUGGUGAAAAGAAGGAUCUGUAUGUCAAGAAUGUUCAGAGGACUGUUAUCUGGAUGGGAAAGAGGCAGGAAACUGUGGAGGAUGUUCCUUGCGGUAACACUGUUGCUUUGGUUGGUCUAGACCAGUUCAUUACCAAGAAUGCGACUUUGACGAACGAGAAGGAAGUGGAUGCUCACCCUAUUCGUGCUAUGAAGUUCUCCGUUUCUCCUGUUGUUCGUGUUGCUGUCCAGUGUAAGGUUGCCUCUGAUCUGCCCAAGCUUGUCGAAGGAUUGAAGCGUUUGGCGAAAUCAGACCCUAUGGUUGUCUGUUCAAUUGAGGAGUCUGGUGAGCACAUCAUUGCUGGUGCUGGAGAGCUCCAUCUUGAGAUUUGCUUGAAGGAUCUGCAGGAUGACUUCAUGGGUGGUGCUGAAAUCAUCAAGUCUGACCCCGUUGUGUCCUUCCGUGAAACUGUGCUUGAGAAGUCUUGCCGUAUUGUCAUGAGCAAGUCUCCCAACAAGCACAACCGUCUGUAUAUGGAGGCAAGGCCCAUGGAGGAAGGUUUGGCAGAGGCGAUUGAUGAUGGCCGCAUUGGCCCGAGGGAUGACCCCAAGGUUCGUUCCAAGAUCCUGGCUGAGGAGUUUGGCUGGGACAAGGAUCUUGCCAAGAAGAUCUGGUGUUUUGGACCUGAAACCACCGGACCCAACAUGGUGGUUGAUAUGUGUAAGGGAGUCCAGUACUUGAAUGAAAUCAAGGACUCUGUGGUUGCUGGUUUCCAGUGGGCGUCAAAAGAAGGAGCUUUGUGUGAAGAAAACAUGAGAGGUAUUUGCUAUGAAGUCUGUGACGUGGUUCUCCAUGCUGAUGCUAUUCACAGAGGUGGUGGCCAGGUCAUUCCCACUGCCAGGAGGGUCAUCUAUGCUUCCCAGCUGACCGCCAAGCCCAGGCUGCUUGAACCAGUCUACAUGGUCGAGAUCCAGGCACCCGAGCAGGCUCUUGGAGGUAUCUAUAGUGUGCUGAAUCAGAAGAGAGGCCAUGUGUUCGAGGAGAUGCAGAGGCCUGGUACACCUCUCUACAACAUCAAGGCUUACCUCCCUGUCAUUGAGUCCUUUGGAUUCUCCAGCACUCUGAGGGCAGCAACUUCAGGACAGGCUUUCCCGCAGUGUGUGUUUGAUCACUGGGACAUGAUGAUGUCUGAUCCAUUGGAGGCAGGAACCCAGGCUUCGACGCUUGUGGCAGACAUCCGUAAGAGGAAGGGUUUGAAGGAACAGAUGACUCCUCUCUCCGAGUUCGAGGACAAGCUGUAAGGUGGAGUAGAAGGAGCAUGGUGUUCAAGUUAUCCUUAUGUUUUUUGGUUUUACCUGUUUGGAAUUUUGUCGUCUCUGUUGGAUUUUGUAUCGGGUAGUAGUUUGGUAGCUAUGCCAAUUUGGUCCAAAGUCUUUUUCUGAGAACUUUGAGGAUGUUUUACUGUUUUGAUGGCAUGUAAUCCUAUAGUCGAAACUCCAUUUCGUUUAGAUAUAUUGUCUGUCAUUUAGUCCAUAUUUCGUAUCGUGCUGUUUUUUUUUUGCCGUUAUUCUGGUAUAUUGUGUGCAUUACAUAGAUCGACUUACCAGGUUAGUGUUUUGGAUGAAGCAUGGAGAUUGGUCUAUCUGUAUAGUGUAGAAAGUGUCGAUUUAACAUGUUUAGUACAUUCAGUAGUACAACGAAAACUCUGCCACCGAAAGUAGGAUCUGCACGUAGAGUUCGAUGAGGAAAACAG